UGUCAGAUGAGGCUGUGUGGUGAGUAGCUCUAUCACAAGUCAGUGGAGGACCAGGAGAGGAGCAUCCUAGAGAAUGCUGUAGGUUCAUACCGUAAGAUCUCGAUUUAAAGCGACACUUUUUAAUAAUUACGAAGCCAGAGGUCGCAUCUUUUGGAGGUUGAAAAAUUAUAUUGAAGCCCUGGUGUUGCAUAUUUUGAGGGUCGCAUCUAAUUGGAGGUAACUUUACAGAGUCUACUUGCCUCGAUUUCAGGCCGCUUAAAAACACUAAUUUUCCAGUGGGCUACAUCGAGGCUAGGGAGUGGCUACAUUUACCUCUAUUUAGAACGCGACAUUAAAAAAUAAUUAUCAACGUAGCUGUCACUACUUUUAGAGGUCAGAAAAUUGCUGAAGCUCCUGGGUGUCGCAUAUUUGGAGGGUCGCCUUAAAUCGAGGUCUUACGGUAGUAUAAUUUUAUUAUGUAUAUAAAAAAAUUAUAAUCAUUAUGGCCCGUUCAACAAUCCCUAUAAUUACUCUAUACAUUUUGUCCAUCUUGAGAGCAGUGAAAACUCAUCUAAAGACAUUUGUAUUUGAGGGCACUACUCUGAACCUGCGUCCAUCGUGCUUUGUCUGCAUCACCAUGAACCAUGAACCCAGGUUAUGCUGGCCGCUCUGAACUACCAGACAAUCUAAAGGUGUUGUUUCGUACAGUGGCAUUGAUGGUGCCAGACUAUGCCAUGAUUGGAGAGAUCUCUCUCUACUCUUAUGGUUUUGUGGAUGCUCGUAAUCUGGCCGUCAAGAUUGUCAUGACCUAUGGACUGUGUUCAGAGCAACUCUCCAGCCAACUCCAUUCUGACUAUGGCAUGCGUGCAGUCCAGUCAGUGUUGGUGGCAGCCGGUCAUCUGAAACUGAAGUACCCUAACGAACAUGAAGACGUGUUACUGCUCAGAUUCAUCAUGGACGUCAACCUACCCAAGGCAAGGUCCUAGAUGUACAUGUACUAGCUGACACACUCAAUGAGAGGGGACAGAUGGAAGAGAACAAGACAGGUUAUAGAGUCAUCAACCCCAAGGCUGUCACUAGGGGUCAACUGUUUGGUCAGUUUGACCCUGUGUCACACGAGUGGACUGAUGGUGUGGUAGCCAACACAUUCAGGGAGUUUGCACCUGCACAAAAUGAUGACCGUAAGUGGGUGGUGUUUGAUGGUCCUAUAGACACUCUGUGGAUGGAGUCCAUGAACACUGUACUGGAUGACAACAAGAAGCUGUGUCUCAUGUCAGGGGAGAUCAUUCAAAUGAGCAACUGUAUGAACCUCAUCUUUGAAGCAGAUGAUCUGUCACAAGCCUCGGAUAGUGAGGAGGACCGGAGCUGAUACAAGAGAGCUCUUGUCUGGCAGGACAUACCCAACAGCUGCAGGCACGACUACAGGAUGGUAUUCUGCCAACAGUGCACUUCACAAAGCACCCAGCUGCCCUCCUUAAAGAAGUUGGUCGGAGUCUGUGACAGCUGCUUCCUGGACUUGAACUGAACAUAAUUUACACACUUUGUUUUUGUAUAAUUAUACCUCAUUCAUUGUGUUGUCCUCAAGUGAUCAUUUGAUAUACAAUUAUUGACUGUG